AUGGAGAAUAACAAUGAACAAACAAUAAUUGAAAAUAAAACUUCAAUAAUAGAUGGCGAAUUAUCAACAAAAUUAUUUUUUUCGAUUUUCAGAAACAAAUACUUGUUUGAUAUAAUAUGGGAACAUGUAAAGUUUUAUAAUACCUAUUCAUAUUUCAAGGCAUAUAAAAAAAAAGAUUUACGAAAUCAUCCACAUAGAAACUUAAUUAAAUAUUUAAAAAUUUGUUGCAAAGUUACUGAAAAGAAAUCAAUUGGAUUAGUACCUGAUUCAGUUGAAAUUUUAGAAUUUAAACCUCCACAUAAUAUUGAAUCGAGUUUAAAUAAAAUAUCAAUACCACCGACAGUUACUACAUUUAUAUUUAGUUUUAUAUUAGAUGAGUAUUUUUUUAAAUACACAGUUCCAUCAAGUAUUGAAACAUUAAUAUUUGGAAAUAAAUUCAAUUCAGAUAUUACACCAGGAUCAAUCCCGUCAGGUGUACAUACAAUUGUUUUUGGUGAUAGUUUUAAUAAAAAAUUACAAGCAGGAGCAAUACCAAACACGGUUACAUCAUUAAGUUUUGGUAAAUGCUUUAACCAAACAAUAAACCAAGCAGAUAUUCCAUCAAGUGUCAUCAAUCUUACAUUUGGUUAUUCUUUCAACAAUGCAAUACUUCCUCAUACUUUACCAUUCUCCAUUAGAAAGCUUAUUUUUGGGAAAAAAUUCAAUCAAGCAUUACAUCCGAAUUGUAUUCCCAAAGGUGUGGAAAUAUUAACAUUUGGUAAUAAUUUUAAUCAAAUUCUAUUAAAAGGUGUGUUACCCUCAACAAUCAAGACUCUUACGUUUGGCGAUAAUUUCAAAUACGAUAUUACUGAAGGAUAUUUACCUGAUGGGUUAACCUCGCUAACAUUGGGUGGGGAUUUUAAUCGUGAAAUUAAAGCAAAUUCUUUACCACCAUCCAUUAUAUCUCUUACAUUUGGUGCCUGUUUCGAUCAAACUAUUCUAGAACAAAGCCUUCCACCAUCACUUAAAACUCUACAUUUAGGUCACAACUUCGAUAAACUAAUCAAUGUCACAUUACCAGAUACUCUUGAAACCUUAAUAUUUAGUCCACUUUUUAAUCAACCAAUCAACAAAAACACAAUACCAAAAAACGUUAAAAACCUAGUUAUAGAUUUUAAUGAUUACAAUUUAGAAUCAGGUUUCAUUCCAAAUUCAGUUACAUCGUUAACAUUUGGAUAUUUUUUUGAUCAACCAUUACAAAGAGAUCUAAUUCCAAACUCAGUCAGAUCAUUAACAUUUGGUGAUUGUUUUAACCAAACACUUAAAGAAGGUGAUAUUCCAUUUGGCGUAGAAAAUAUUGUUUUUGGUAGAGGUUUUAAUUGCCAAAUCAGACCCAACACUAUUCCAGCAACAGUACGUAGUAUUAAAUUUGGAAAAAAAUUCGAUCAAUUAAUUUUAGAUAACUCAUUACCAUCUAGUUUAACUUCAUUAGAAUUUGGUUAUCAUUUUAGCCAAAAUAUUUUCAAUGGAUCGUUACCGCCAUCAUUACGAACCUUAUCAUUAGGAUAUGGUUUCAACCAUAAUAAUGUACCAUUAUUCCUUCCACCAAAUGUUCAAACAUUAACUUUAGACAGCUUACCCGAAGAUAUGCCAGAAUUACCACCUAGUGUCACAGAGUUAACUAUUAGAAGUCAUGGUAGUUGUGAUAUCGAAAAAAUUCCAAAAACAGUCAAAAGAUUAAGAGAAGGGGGUAAACGAAUAUUUUUAUUUUAA